AUUACAUUACUUUUGCAGUUGUACAACCUACCUUUGCCUUUCCGUUAGUGAAAUAAUCGUACAGAAGUGCGAUGUGAACGCUAUCUCCUAUUUCUCUUCCAACCCCGUCUAGUUACGAUGCUAACUGGUUCGGUUCGACAUGUUGCCACUGAAGACGAGCUCUGCUGAGAGCAUGGCACCACGUAAGGUGCGCAAUGCCUGUAAGCGCUGCCGCUUGAAGAGAAUAAAGUGUGACGGCCAAAUCCCUGCUUGUGGGAACUGCUCCAAGGCAAACGAGUCCUGUGUCGAUGUUGACACACGCAACAAUGCGGUCUCUAUACCUCGAGACUUUGCGGUCAUGGCACGUGCAAGAAUCCACUGGCUGGAACAAGAGAUCAAGCGAAUUUCACCAAACUUCGACACCAGUAAUGGCCCCGCUGUUGACUUCCGAUUCAUGGAAAACUAUGAGCCACCUUCAAACCUGGAUCAAGUAAUUGAGGCGGUUGGACCAUCUGAGCCUUCAACAGCACCCAGAUCGGAUCAAAUAUCACGGAGUAUCCAGGAUUAUGGCAGUCCCGGACACAAGCGUUCUUUGCCGAGAGAAAAUGAGCAGGAAUCCGAAAGGCCUCUUUCUGAAGAAGCUCGAUCUGUAGCAUUUGAUCUAGGUAUGUUGUCUCUGAAUUCGGACUCUAGACAGACACACUAUCUUGGAAGCUCUUCCGGACGGCUCUUUACGUCGCUUGUUGGGUUUUCAUCGACCGUCUCCACGGGCAGCAUGUCCGAGAAAUCUGCCCCUUCUCCUACAUUUUCUGUUGCUCCGGUCAAUUCUAGCCCCUACGCCUCGUUAAGACAGUUUUCCGCUGGUUGUCGACAAUUGUUCGGAAUGUUGAAGAAGAACCUCCCGUCACGAGACGAUAGCCGAUUGUUAUUAGAUAUUUACAUCCGCUCGGUGCAUGCGGAUCAUCCGCUCUUUCACAUACCUUCCUUGAUUAAUGCUUUGGACGCGUUGUAUGUAUGCGAAAGUCUAAGCGAAUCAGCGAACAUAGGUCGUGGCGGAUGGCCUGAAUUUCUGGAGCCGUUUCCCUAUAAUGGGGACUUUGAACAAUUUCGUGGCCAAAACGCUACACCAAUCUCUAUCUUCACAGCCACAUUCCAUAUCUUCAUGGUUUUUACUCUAGCCUCAAUCAUAAGGACCAGGGAGAAAACCUUCGAUUUUGCUCCAAAUCAAUUCUACAAGGUGGCAAUGGCUGCUGCAGAACAGACAUUUUCCACAGUGUCAAUUGCAAGCUUGCAAGCCACACUGUGUCUAGCAGUCCAUAGUUUGCUCAAUCCUGCCGAAGUCAACAUUUGGACACUUACCCAUAUUGCAAUGGCACAUUGUGUCGACCUGGGACUUCAUCGAGACCCACGAGUCGGGGAGCUCUCUGGGACAGCAAUUACUGUCCGUCGGACAUUGUUUUACUAUGUAUAUCAUUUGGACAGAUCAGUUGCGACAAUACAAGGUCGUCCCCUUGGUAUCAGGGACGAAACAUUCGACGUGCAAAUGCCAACUGGUGUAGAAAUCAAGGCUGAUGCGCUACCUGAGAACUACGAAUUUCUAAGUCCGGACGUGCCCGUCUCCGGCUUAGUUCAAUUUGCUCUUCAUCGUUUCAGACUUGACCCCAUCAUCUCUGAGAUCAAGAUGUUGUUCUAUCAUCUUCCAAACCAAAGAAGCUGUUUUUCAUGGCCUAGAGAUCUUUCGGGAGAGCAGGCGCGAAUUCGAAGAGCGCUGGAUCAGUGGAAUACGGAACUUUCUGAACUGGCAGUCCAAUUGAACACUGAAUAUCAGGAAAGCCGUCAAAAUUGGGCUGCUUCCGAAAUGAAGCUUCGGUGUCAGUACUACGCAGCACUCGUUCUCCUUUACCAACCUUCACAGGCAAUCCCGCAGCCACAAGAAGAUCACAUUUCUCUGUGCUACCGCUAUGCCGCGGAGCGUUUACAAACUUAUUAUCAAAUGUACAACGCUGAUAAUCUGUUCUUCAGUUGGCGAAGUAUUCAGGGAAUCUUCUCAUCCGGAGCUACAAUGAUCUACUGCUUAUGGUCAUCCACUACCGUGAGAAAUACGGCGACGUACGCAAGCGUUGUCAAAGCACUGCGUACGUGCGAUAACCUUCUCAGUGCCGGCGGAGAAUGGUGGCCCUCUGUCAGAAAGGGAAAAGAAAGUUUUGGACGUGCCAUGGACGCUUUGAUUAGGCUUCUCGAUCUUUCAAGGCUUCCAGAAAUGACAAGUGAUACUGGGCCACCUAGUCAGAUACGUCGAACAGAGCAAGGGUCGAAUUCUGUCGUCGUAUGCUGCCUGCAGAACGGAAGUCAAAAUCAGCUACAAGGCUUGACAGACCAGUUGGGUUCUAAUGGUUUGACUUGGGACAGUUCAGAGUUUUCCUCAAAUGAGCAAUUCUCUGAAAUUGAUCCUGCAAUCACCGAUCCAAGGCUUGAAUAUCUUUUCCAGCCCUCUGAUUAUUUGAACAGCAGCAUAGCGGCUCAUGACCAUACGCUUGAUGUCUUCAUUACAGAAUUUUUGAACAACGGGACGACCUGGAACAUAUUUUAAAAGCACUAUCGUAGGACCAACAAAUUGAAAUCAAUCUACUUCCGCAACCUUUUGAUUGUCGCACCCAUAUCAUCACCAUUAUUCAGACAUUCCCUGGUUUUUUCGUCGAUCUCCCACCUUAACUGACAGAGCUCAACACAUUUCUCUGCAAAUUCCGAAGGAAUCACAACCACGCCGUCGGCAUCGCCCAUAAUUAGAUCGUUUGGGCGUAUUCCAAUCUCUUCAUUCGGAAGCUCUUUGAUUUUAUAUGACAAAGGAACAUUCAGCUCUGAUGCUCGUGUAAAGGUGUUGGAUCCAAGAAUGCUGCCAUCCCGAGCAAACAGGCCAAUCCCUAGAGCCUGGUGCUCAUGGAUAUCUCUGAAACGACCAUCGAUCACUACGCCUUCAGCUCCUCGUGCUGUGGCACGAGUGCUCAUUAAACCUCCCCAGCAGGCACUGAUUAGGCCGGAAGGUUGAGAAACGAAGACGACGCUGCCAGCUGGAAUGGUGUCUGCAAAGUGCUGAUUCGGUGUAGGUGAGGUUGUGUCGGAAGCAAGAACCAUUUUGACCAUGUAUGCGGGACCAAGAAUUUUGGAAGUCCUUGAGCGAUUAGGCGCGGAGAACAUGCGGAGACCUGACAAGUAACCUCCGUGGGGAACUUUGAGCCUAAAAAGAGCGUCUCCAAUCUAAAGAAUCAGUUUAAAUAAUUUCUAAAGGCUUAGUUAUGAUGUACAUCGCAGGUUGUGAACUUCCUCAGAGCUGCUAGCACAGAUUCCUUCGCUAUUGAAGCCAUAUUUUGGGCCGCUAAGAAAUGGUUUUAUGCAAUGGACUUAUCAGGUAAUAAAUUUGAGAGCGAAGAAAAUUAGUUUAAA